AUGGCCGCCCUGGAAGGGAAACUAAAUAUUCCAGCUGACACAUUUUCUAAAAUACAUUGCUCAGCAAUAAACACUAACAACUUAAAUCAGCUUCAUCAAUCACUCUGUCAUCCUGAAGUAACUAGGUUUUAUGCUUUUAUUAAAAACCGUAAUUUACCUUUUUCAAUUGAUGAUGUUAAACGAAUAACUAAUCAGUGCAAAAUAUGUUGUGAAUGUAAGCCUAGAUACUACAAACCACUAAAAUCUAAUUUGAUAAAGGCGACACAACCACUGGACCGUUUGAACUUAGAUUUUAAAGGACCUCUUUCUUCGGAAACUAAUAACAAUUAUUUUUUAACCAUAAUUGAUAAGUAUUCUCGUUUUCCUUUUGCAAUCCAAUGCCCUGAUAUUUUAGCCCAGUGUUUGUCACAAGUAUUCUCGGUUUUUGGUUUGCCAAGUUAUAUCCAUUCCAAUAGAGAGAAAGGUGUUGUGACAAGUCAUACUACAACAUAUAAUCCUCAAGGAAAUGGACAAGCCGAAAAGUAUAAUGGAACCAUAAUGAAGUCUAUUGAGAUUGCUACUAGACAACACAAUUUACCCAUCAAAGCUUGGGAAAAAGUAUUGCCAGACGUUCUCCAUUCUAUAAGAUCUUUAGUAAAUAAUAAAACAAUGGAGACACCUCAUGAAAGAAUGUUUAAGCACCUUCGUAAAACAGCCUCUGGAUGCACUUUACCUUCAUGGUUUAGUCAUCCUGGACCAAUUCUAAUGAAAAGACAUUUACGUAAUAAUAAGUAUGAACCACUGGUAGACAAAGUUCAACUUAUAGAUGCUAAUCCUCAAUAUGCUCACAUAAAGUAUCCAGAUGGAAGAGAAACCACAGUUUCCCUAAGACACUUAGCUCCAACAAGUUCUGCUCCGAUCAUUGAUCAAACAAACGAUAUUGAACCUUCACCAGAGAAUGCCUUUAAUAAUAUUGAACCUUCACCAAAGAAUGCUUUUAAUAAACUUUCUUACCCCUAUAAACCAUUAACACCUGAGAAAUAUGGACUUACCAAUACCAAUCCUGAAAACUUUCCUAAUCAGCCUCCCCUUUAUCAACCUUCACUAGCUGAAAAUCUUGUCAAUGAUGCUUGUCCGAUCAAUCCGUUUUUAUUAAUAACACCUGGAAAAGACACACGCAGAUCCUCAAGAGUAAUUCGUCGACCAUUACGACUUAUAGAAGAAGAUACAUGA